AUGUAUCACCUUGUCCGCUCUCUGUACCUCUACGCAACUAGCAAGCCAGAGUACUCCAUCAUCCUCCUAGGCCUCGACAAUGCCGGCAAAACAACCCUUCUCUCACAGAUAAAAGCGCUUUUCAACACCACCGCCGACCCGGUCGCCGGCCAGACGGGCGAUGCGCCUGCCUCGGACACCGCAGGCAACACCGUGCCCACAGUCGGUCAAAAUGUUGCAACCAUUGACCUGCCGGAGAUGUACUUGAAGAUCUGGGAUGUGGGUGGACAAAUGAGUCUAAGGAAGCUAUGGACGAGCUACUACAGAAGUGCGCAUGCGGUCGUGUUUGUGGUGGACAGCACUGACCUCGGGAAUGGAGAGAUUGACGAGGCCCCAAGGACGCCCGGGUGGCAUGGGCGCAAGAAGAGCUAUAUCGGGAAGGGUGGUGAUGAAGACGAGCCACAGACACCAUGGACUCCGAUGACGCCCAUGACACCAGGGUAUUUCUCGUCAGGGUUGGCUCAAGGUCGACUAGACGAAUGUCGCGCUGUUCUAGAAAGCGUGCUCGAAAACGACGACACUGCUGGGAUCCCGAUCUUGAUUCUGGCCAACAAACAGGAUAGAGAAGACUGCCUCGAGGUCGUCAGGAUCAAAGAAGGCUUCGUGAAGAAAGUGUUCGAAGGUGAGAAGGGAGGAAUGGUUCGAGAUAGCCGCGUCCUGCCAGUGAGCGCUCUGAAAGGGACAGGAGUCAAAGAGGCUGUCGAAUGGGUCAAAAGUCGGGUUGUGUGGAACAAAGAAAGCCGGCCACCGAUCAUGAGGUGA